UCCAUGACUUUCUCAUUUCAUCUCUCUCUGUCUGUCUCUCUCUCUCACAUUUUCUCACCAUCUCCUUCCUUCUUCCUUCACUCAGGGGAAGUCAGUUUCUGACAGAGAUGGUGCAGUCAAAGAAGUUCAGAGGUGUCAGACAGCGUCAUUGGGGCUCUUGGGUCUCUGAGAUCCGCCAUCCUUUAUUGAAAAGAAGGGUGUGGCUAGGGACGUUCGAUACUGCAGAAGAAGCAGCACGAGCUUAUGAUGAAGCAGCCAUUUUGAUGAGCGGAAGAAACGCCAAAACAAACUUCCCAGUGGCCCCCAAUAAUCAAAAUUACCAUUCUUCUUCGUCGUCGUCGUCUUCUUCCUCAUCAUUUUCUGAAGCUCUCAGUGCAAAGCUUCGGAAGUGCUGUAAAUCGCCUUCGCCAUCUCUGACUUGCUUGAGGUUGGACACAGAGAACUGUCACAUCGGAGUGUGGCAGAAGCGAGCAGGGCCUCGAUCUGACUCCAACUGGGUCAUGAUGGUAGAGCUGGAAAGGAAGAAACUUGGAGGUUCAGAGGAGGCGACGUCGGAGGAGGAGUCGCCGGCGCUGGAGAUAACGGAGGAGAAGGUGAAACCAGAAGAAGAGAACAGCGAGCUGGACGAGGAGCAGAAGAUGGCGUUGCAGAUGAUAGAAGAACUCCUUAAUGGGAACUGAAAUGAAGGCUCUGUUUUUCUUUGAUCCAUCAUCGUCAUCGUCGGCAUGUGGGGCUCCACAAGUCAACUUCACAUAAUUAAUCUUUUUCAUUUUUAUGGGACUCGCAACCUCGUGCUUUCAUUUUCAUAUAAUCAAAGUGCUUCUCUUCUGUUUUAUAAUAAUUUUUAUUUUUUGAAAAAUUAAUCUGAUGGCAAAUAUUUAAGGUUGUCAUGUGACUUUGUAAGUGCUGUGUCUUUUGUUCGUUUCCCUUAGUUUGGAGAAUGUAAAAUUUUCUUGUAUCAAGAUUUAUUAGUGUGUAAUGGAUAUAUCUCACAUGUUUGAGUA